UAGCAAUCGAGUCUCGGUACAACUGCAUAAAAGCUGCAUGUUUUCACUCACUGGUGGUUGGGUGUUCGAGAGUGGAGAACGGGUGAGGAGAAGGAGGAAAGUAGUAAAGUGAAAUAAUCUGGAAGUGUUUUUACUCACCGCUUAUUUUCUGACAGUCCUGCCUGUAAUGACAGAUAUGUGCACUGCAUGUGCUUGCGAAUACUGAAAACACAGUUACUGCUUUCAGAGACUACAGCUAUGGCCAAACGUUUCACAUCACCUAGAAUUUUAGGAUUGAGAAAAAAAACAAAAAAACGAUAUGAACAUAAUUUAAUCAAAGAAACUACAAAAUGAUAUUGUAAGUGUCUACCAUAAUAGUAGUGCAGUAUUUCAUGUUAGAUUUCGAAAUGUCAAAGUCUCUCAUUAAGCAUAUGGAAAAUUAUAAAGUGAUAUAUAAUUCAAUAUGUUAACUUAACAAUAUUCAUCAGGUUUCAUUCGACUUUAUGACUUUAUUCUAUGGGGUGAUGCAAAACCUUUGGCCAUAGUUGUAGACAACAGCAUACCCGCUGGUUUAUUUUUUCAUACGCUGUGCCAGAUCACCCACCUUUACAAAUAUGAUAAGAAGAAAACUGUUAACACACUUCAAAUACAGCGUUAAUGGUUAAACCAGAUAAAAAUGUUUGGGUGGGUGUGCCAAACUUCUGGAGAAAGAGAAAUGACAGAAAAGCUGCUUGUUCACUUCUCUUCAACAAAAGUAUUGAGAACAACAUGGAGAGAUAUUCAGAACGCGAUGACCCAAAUGACAAUCGAGGUGGGAUAUCCAGUCGGUUGAGAGAUCGAGACCUUCUCAAGAAACGAAAGACAGAAGCUCAAGAGAAGGAGACUUACCAGUGGGUUCAUGGGGAACACAGUCAAAGGAAAAGACAGAGGCAGGAAAAGAAAAGCUCCCGCAGGAGGUAUCGGAGAAGGGACAAGACGCCAGAACCCGAGCCUUCACCAGAAGGGCCUUCACAAAAGGAAGACGCCCAAGAAGAAGGUGCUCCACUGGCUGCUCCCCCAAGGGGAACUUUCCUAGCUCAAGAAGACCCUUUCCCAGAGCAGAAGUCAAGCCAAGAACCCGUUGAGGGAGAACCCUCCCAUGCAGAGUCGUACUCUCAGAAUGGCAGUAAAACUCUGGAAGCAUCUCUGAUUGUGGAUGUGGGUCCUGAGGGAGAGAACGAGCAGGAGGCACCCUGCUCUCAGGAGACUCUUCGUAUUGUGCCAGAAUUCAGUGAAGAACUAUCCGCUGCUGCAACAGACACUGCAGAGGUUUUCAACAUCCCUACACUCGAAUCUACUCUUCCAGAACAAGAAUACCUGCCAAGAAAUUAUUUCUAAGGAGGCUCACUGAACAUUUCUUUGUUAUAGUUUGAAAUAUGAAAUGCCUUUAUAAUUAGAUGGGGGAGGAGUAAAUGGGAUUGAGGGGUGUUGAAUUAGUAUAUCUGCUUUGAAAUUAUGGUUUUGGGAGAUUAGCACCAGUAGUUCAUACUUCAAACCAACCUAUAGAUGAAGGCUACUGAGACUAAUAGAUUAACAACCACAUGUUAAAUAUUUUAUUGCAUUUACAGUAGUAUACCUUUACGUUUAAAAUACAAUUUUAUCUUUCACUAAAUUCUUACAAAGCUUAAAUGUGUUUUUUUUUUUUUUUUUUUUUAUCAGGGACAUAAAUUCCUUAACCAGAAGAUAUUGCUUUCGUGGAACCUACUGCUGCAUGUAUUUGAAACUCAAUUGUAGUUUGUACAACAGUUUUAAUGGCAUGAUAAAGGCUGACAUGGUCGUUUUUAAUAUAUAUAGUAUAUAGCAUUAUGUUAUUAUGUUUUAAAAAUAGUUUUAAAAUGAGUUGGUGUUUAAUAUAUUCCUGUAAAAUAUACACUCUCAUGAAACAAUUUUUUGGACAUUUAAGCAAAUAGUCUUUUUUAUUUCUGUGUUUAUUUACAAAAAAAAUGUAGAAAUAAAAAAAAAUGCAAUAACGUUUAUAA